AGAUUCUACCGAAUCUGUGGAUUUUUUACUAAACAGAAUGGCUUUAUUGUUUACAUCACACAUGAUCACGCAUUUAAACGGUACAUAACGAAAUUCAUUAUUAGAAUUACACCCGUACGUAUGUUUGCUACCCUUACCUGGGCCAUAAAAAAUUAAUUUAAGCACUCAAAAUUAAAAAUACUUAAUUUCUGAGUAAAAUUUGUUGAUUACUUGCGUAUCUUCAAUCGACUGAUCCACUAAAAUUCAGAAGCAAUUAACAUUUCACAAGCAUAAAUAUGGCACUUUUAUUGAGUGAAAUUGAAUCGUUGAAAAUCGACGAUUUCAAAGAUGCAAAGACUGAUGAAGAUUUUAUUAAAUCAGCUAUGAAAUUAUGUCAGCCUUUGACACUCAAGGAUCCAAAGUUAUUCGUUAAUCAUGACUCAAAGAAUGAUGAAUUAGCUAAAGAAUCUUUAAAUCUCGGAAAGACGCUGGUCAGUCAAAAUGAGCCUUUAAAAAAUGUAAUACAGGUUUACAAUAAAUCUAUGGCUCAAGCAACCUUUGGUUCUGAAUUACUAGCCCACGCUUUUGCCAAUCGCUCAAUUGUUUUAACGAAAGCUGCAAGAUAUGAAGAAUCUUUAAAAGAUAUUCAACACGCAUUAGAGAGUAAUUACCCUGACCAUUUAAAAGCAUCAUUGUACGCUAGAAAAGCGAGAAAUUUAUUAGCUUUAAAUAUAAAUGACAAUGUUGACGAAACUCUAGCUGAAGCAAAAAAGUGGGCAUUAAAAAUUGAUGAAAAAAAAAGAGAUGUGUUCCUGAAUGAUCUAGAUAAAUUAAAGAAUAAAAAAUUCAAAAAACCUGUGACACACUGUGAUGGUCGUGCUUUUUUACCAACGGCUCCUGAUGAUAAUCCACAAUUGUUGAAGACUUCUGGCGCUAUUGCUAUUAAUAAUUCUGAUAAAUUUGGCAGACAUUUGGUGGCCUCUAGAAAUAUUGAAGCUGGUGAACCUCUGAUGGUUCAAAAAUCUUACUCAAUGAUUCUUGUAUCAGAAUAUAGGUUUAAAUGUUGCUGGAAUUGUUCAAAAAUUUGUUGGUCUGGCGUUCCGUGCGAUAUAUGUUCAAAUAUUAUUUACUGCAGCAAAAAAUGUCGUGAUAUCGCUUUCAAAGAACAUCACGAUUUUGAAUGUUCAGUUAUUACUAGUUUGUUGAACAACGAGAUUUAUGAAGAUUCUAUGAUUAUGAGUUUGCGAUUGUUUACCAAAGCUUUCAAAGAGUUCGGUACUUUGGAGAAAUUGUACAGAAAAGUUCAAGAAAUUGAUUCAAUAAACGAUCCAAUAAUAAAGCUUUUUAAUGGCGAUGUUUAUGAUGAAACUAAAUAUGCAAGUGUUUAUUCAUUAUAUCGCAAACCCACAGGCCAUGACUUCAAAACUAGCAGCGCAAUUAAAACUGCCUGGAUUAUACAUUGUUUAAAUGCAACUACGGAAAUAUUUGGCAAAAAUUUAACAGAGUUGGUGGAAGAUAAUUGGGCAUUGUUUGUUGGAAAAUUAUUAUUACGUCAUUACGAAAUAAAUGUGUCAAACAUGAUUGCGAUUGAGCUAAGCCAGAAAAAAAGUGAUGAUAAAAUAAGAAUGUGUGGUGCAGUUAUAAAUCCACUGAUCGAUUUAUGCAGUCAUUCCUGCGAUCGCAAUGCCUACGCAAUUACUUCUGGAGAUAUUUUUUCUCUUAUAUGCAUUCAUCCGAUCAAAAAAGGAGAGCAAAUUUGCAUUAGUUAUGGACCAGAUUACAGAGAGCAAGAUACUGUAGACAGAAGGGCAGUUUUAAAAACGAAUCACGGUUUUUGGUGUGAAUGCUUUCCUUGUGUCAAUAACUGGAGUCCAAAUGAAAAUCUGCCAACUUGUGUGGAUUAUUUGUCAAGCAAAACAAGGGUAGAAUUAUUGACAGUUAUGGGAAAUUUCAGCGAUUAUUUUUCGUUUAAGACUCUUGAAAGUUUAACCACCGAUGAUAUUUUGAAGUUAUUGUCCAAAUUUUUUGAAUUAAUAAAUUUAGUCGGUAAAGAUGUCAGUUUUUUAUCUCAAGAAGUGGACGAUUUAAAAGUUUUAAUGCUUUAUGUUUUGAAGUGGAUUAAUUCUCGUCAAACAAUUUUUUGAUUCAUACAUAUAUAA